AUGAAUAUGUUGCUCAAUCCUCUCCAUAGACUAAGAGCAGCAAAGUUCACACCCUUCCCCCAACUCCCAGUCGAACUGCGCCUCCAGGUCUGGGAAGAGGCCUUCGCACAAGAAGGCCGUCGUAUAGUCCAAAUAUGCAACGACACCAUCCUACCCUCCAAAAGCCUCAUAUCACCCCUUCUCGCAGUUGACUUUGAAAGCCGCCAAUGCGGCCUCCGCACCUUCCCCCUCGUUCUCUCCGUAUUUCAGUAUACCUCAGAUGAAGACACCUCCGACGAAGACUCCAUCGGCAAGGUAUACCUCCACCCCUUAAACGACAUCUUCGCCUGGAACGACGACCCCACCGACCUCCAUCCCCGCCUUGAAGAAUUCACCCGUCGUCUUUGCCGCACGCGACCUCUAUCCGAAGACCAGCGGGCCCAGAUACGAACCGUCCUCAAAUGGGAGAUUCUCACCUGGGACGGCUCGCCCUGCCCGCCGCGCUGGCAUCUGCCUCACCGGGACCGGAUAUACCGAUGCAACCUGAGCAACCCGACUGUGUUCUGCGAUUUCCUGAGUUGGCUGCCGCAUGCACAGCGGCUUUUACUAGUUUAUCUCGAUGGGGGGCGGAAUGUACAGAAUCUGAUAUACCGCUUUGCACAUGACUUGAGGACGCUGCACGGUGAGGAGUUGUUGGAGAGGUAUAGAAAUAAGGUGUGGGUUACGGGGGAAUACUAUAUCUUUGCGCAUAAGUGGAGGGCGCACUGGGGGGGCAGGGACUGCUGGCGGGAGACGGAUGAGUUGGAGGCGUGGGAGAGGGAGCGAACUACGGUGAUUACGCCGUCGUGGACUGUGUUCAUGUAG